AUGCUCAUUUUAGCAUCAUUAUUAUUGGUAGAUGCAGUUGACAGUUCUAACGCUCUAACUAGAACAACAACGACAUCAUCUACCACGCAUACUAGAUCAACAUCAACUGCUACGAAAUCUUCAUCGUCAACUGCUACGAAAUCUUCACCAACCUCUAUUCAAACUACACAACCAACUCAGCAAGUAACCUCAGCUAGCUCACAAGAAGCAAUAACAUCAACUAGCGAUGAAGUAACGACAACAUCAACUACAUAUGCAGGAAUUCAAACUUUAACAUCGACUUUGGGAACUGAAACUGUGUAUGUAAUUAUUAUUCUUACUAUGUCAAGCGAGUCAGAAGUUUAUUAA